UUUUAGCUGGUAACCAAAAAAACAACAACGUGUGGGUCAAAAAAGUACCAGUUAAAUACAUGUGGAGGCCUUUUUGCCGUAAAACUCGUGUGAGCGAUCCAACAUGCAGAUCUUUGUGAAGACCCUAACGGGCAAGACCAUCACCCUUGAGGUCGAACCUUCAGAUACUAUCGAAAAUGUUAAGGCAAAGAUCCAAGACAAGGAAGGUAUCCCCCCUGAUCAGCAGAGAUUGAUCUUUGCUGGUAAGCAAUUGGAGGAUGGCCGCACACUGUCAGACUACAACAUCCAGAAAGAGUCUACGCUCCAUCUUGUCCUGCGUCUUAGAGGAGGUCUCAUCGAACCCAGCUUGAAGAUCUUAGCAGCAAAGUACAACUGCGACAAAAUGAUCUGCCGCAAGUGUUAUGCCCGUCUGCAUCCACGUGCCACCAACUGCCGCAAGAAGAAGUGUGGUCACUCCAACAAUCUCCGCCCCAAGAAGAAGCUGAAGUAAGCUGCACGGAUUGGUCUACCAGCUCAGGAGGGAUACUGGCACCUGCAGAUUCUAUUGCCUUUUCAAAACAAACAAAACAACUUCUGAUUACAGUGAAUACACUCGUGGUGGUGUCAAAUUGUAGAAAACAUUUCAUUUUACAAUUGUUUUAAAAGAACUUAAAAUGUCAGAUACUUUGGGGUUUUAUUUUCUUUGCAAAAUGUGUUUUUGCUAGUGGACUAUCAUCUUUAAUCAAGCAAGAACCACAUAAACAUGUCAAAACAAAACUAAAAAGUAACACCAUUUAUUCAAUUGAAAACCCUCGGGCUUGAGUAAGGAUUGUAAAGUAGAAGGAAAUCAAUUAAAAAAGUGGAGAAAAUAAACAGAAUAUAAAGAAAACUUCAAAGAA